AUGAAGUUUCUCAGUGUUCUACUUGCUCUCCUAGGAGUAUACGCCUGUUGCGCCGAGUCCUAUGUGGACCGCCCAUGUGGUACCGAUCUCUCGAAUCUAUGGUUAGAUGUCGUUUUGGUAGUGGAUAAUUCUCAAGGAAUGAAUACUGACAGAUUGCAUACUGUGACUGCCAACAUUUUGAGCGUCUUCGGUUCCGGAACUCGAAUCGGAAUUGAUGAGACCUACCACAGAACCACUCGCCUUGGAUUAGUCACCUAUAACUCUAACGCCACUCAGAAUGCUGAUCUCUACCUAUAUCAAUCAUUUGAUGAAGCAUCCGACGGGAUUAUCGAUGCCACCAGAACUGCUGUGGACACUUCUGAAUCAUAUUUAGCCACUGGACUCAUCUUGGCGGAGAAAUUGUUCAAUGAGCAGAGUGUCAACAAUGUUCGUUCCCACUAUAAAAGAGUAGUGAUCGUCUAUGCUUCGGAAUACAAAGGAGACGGAGAAUUGGACCCCUUACCAAUUGCUAAUCGAUUAAAACUAUCGGGUGUCAAUAUAAUCACAGCUGCUUAUGAACAAUCGGGCGAUGAUGGACUUUUUGAAAGUCUUUCCCUGAUUGCUAGUCCUGGAUUCUCCUUUUCUUAUGAUUACGCCAACUGUUUCUGCCCGAGCGACUGGAUACAGUACCGCGAAUCAUACUCUGAUCCCGCCUCCUUCCGCUACGGCGUUUGUGUCCAAGCCGUCGCCCUUCCAGCUAGCUGGCUUGCUGCAAAACUCAGUUGCAGUAACAAACGGACCAAUUCCACUCUAGCCACUGAAUUCAGCCAAGCCAAACAUGACUUCAUUUUCAAUCUCGCUCAAAACACUACAGGAUUCUCGCCGCCCUAUCAGUACCAUAUCGGAUUGAAUUAUGUCUCUGGAUCCUGGGUAUGGACUCAACCAACGGGACGCGAACCGGUUCCACUUCAACAACCCUUCAUGUGGCUUCCAGGAUAUCCUAAACCGGCGUCUACUCAGUCUGCGGUGAUGAACAUGCAGAGUGGGCAAGAAACCGGAUGGCAGAAUAUUGCCACAAUGACUGGCAGUUAUAAUUAUGUCUGUGAAACCUAUGCGUGUGAUACCGAUAAUUAUUGUGCUGCUGAACAAUAG